AUGACCAGAAACAAACUAUACAGGACAAGAGUAUCACUAAAUGUGUUUAUGUUCGGAAUUUGCAUUUAUGGCCGCAGUUUGAUCCUCUAGGGAAUUUACGUCACAUCUCGGUAUUUAAGCCUUGUCGCCUCUCGCGUUAGUCACUUGACACAGCCAGUUUUACCGCUCGCACCUUGCCGAGCAUAAUUUUCUAGUAUGGGAGACGAGCCUGUUACAAAGCAAGAUCUUGCUAGUUUCAAAGAUUUUGUUGUUAGUCAGCUCGCCCUUCACAAAUCAGUUAUUUCGUCCGAGGUACAGAAAUCGCAAGAGGUUGCCUCAGCUGCCCUUUCUGCUUCUAAUCCUUUGAAGGAACAGUCGGAGAUCAAGUUUAAUCACACCGGCAACGAACGUAAUUUCAAAUUUAACGGUCAAGUGUUAGCCAAGCUUGUUUCACUUAAGGAUCGUUUGGCCGAUCUACCUCCCGAGUCUGAGGCACUUUCAAUUCUUCACGAAACCGUAGAACUAUUACAGGAACGUAACCGCAAGAUAUGGAUCGCGGAUUCGUCCGAGGCCGGUUGGUUGACCGUUAAACACUACGAAUCUAAUCCCGUCUCGUUGAGUGAGGACGACGACAAGAAAAUUCGCGCUGCAGAGAGGCAGGCUCUGAGGGAUCAAGCUCGACAAAGAAAGAAGCGCAAUGUUGAGGGAUUUGCGGUCCGAAAUCGUCAAGCUCAACCUUUCUUCUCCCCUUACUCAAGGCAGUUCAACGGGAGCCAGCGUUCUUGGCAAUCUUCACAGCCGUUCGCUUCCUCUUCGACAAACCAACACAAUUUCACCACUAACCGUGAAUUCACCCGAGGGCCUUGUCGAUACUGCGGUUCUUCAGGCCACUGGUGGAAGGAGUGCCCGGUCUGUCUCGCAAGGUUUCACGUCGGCUGUUCAUCCAGCCAGCUGCCAGCUAGUUCCACAAGCGCCGUUAACCGUCCCUGAAAAUUCUUUUAUGGCGUCUUUAUCAAGCUCGACAAAGAAAGAAGCGUAAUGUUGAGGGAUUUGCGGUCCGAAAUCGUCAAGCUCAACCUUUCUUCUCCCCUUACUCAAGGCAGUUCAACGGGAGCCAGCGUUCUUGGCAAUCUUCACAGCCGUUCGCUUCCUCUUCGACAAACCAACACAAUUUCACCACUAACCGUGAAUUCACCCGAGGGCCUUGUCGAUGCUGCGGUUCUUCAGGCCACUGGUGGAAGGAGUGCCCGGUCCGUCUCGCAAGGUUUCACGUCAGCUGUUCAUCCAGCCAGCUGCCAGCUAGUUCCACAAGCGCCGUUAACCGUCCCUGAAAAUUCUUUUAUGGCGUCUUUACAGCAGGAGGCUUCCGGCGCUCUAGGCGUUCACUAUUCAGCUUCGCAUUCUGGCUCGAAGGCGGGUGAUGUCAACGCCCGUGUGCAGGAGGAGUUUGCUGACUUACUCUCACAAGAUAAGUACUGUUUCGACUCUGAAUACGAACAAUGUUUGUCCUCUCGUGGUUUUGAGUAUAAGCAGGGGUCAGCGCCCAUAGUUUAUAAGGAUAGGCUCAGGAGCAGGUUGAUUUUUGGGUUAGUAUCGGUUCCUCCCCUUGGGUUCUUUACAUCAUCCGUUUCGGUUAUCGCAUUCCUUUUAUUUCAUGGCCUCCUAGCGCUUUUUUCUGUAACAAUAGGUCUGCCUUAGAUCACGCCAGUUUUUUUGACAGUGCUAUUUCUGAUCUGCUUCUUGCGGGUUCCGUUAUCGAAGUCUUUACGCCUCCCACAGUUCUCAAUCCUUUAACGGUAUCCGUUAACUCUGUGGGAAAGCGCCGCCUUAUUCUCGACCUCCGUCACGUCAAUAAGUUUAUUCCUAAAGUUAAGUUUAAAAUGGAGGAUAGUAGGACUUUUCUUAAUUAUGUACACUCGCCAGGUUAUAUGUUUAAAUUCGAUAUGAAGUCUGGGUAUCACCAUGUAAGCAUUCAUGAGGAAUCUCAAACAUUUUUAGGCUUUCAGUGGCCCCUUGGUAGCUUUGUAGAGCCCAGGUUUUUUGUUUUCGCCGUGCUCCCGUUUCGUCUCUCGUCAGCGCCUUACGUGUUCACAAAGGCAUUGGCGCUCCUGGGGCAUACCCUUGGUCUUGUAUUUAGACGACAGCGCCGGAUACCUCCAUGCUUUUUCGGUAGCUCAGAGUACUGCUUCGGCUGUUAGAUCCGAUUUGGCCAACGCAGUCGUGGUCGCCAAUGAGGAGAAAUCUAUUUGGGUUCCUACCCAGGUUUUGGAAUGGUUGGGCAUUGUCUGGGAUCUUUCGUGUGGCCGCAUAAUUAUUCCUCACCGCCGCAUUGUCAAGUUGCUUAUGGCACUCCUAUCACUAAAAUCUGGGUCUCGCUCCGUUAUCCCACGCGUGGUUGCCUCUGUUACAGGGCAAAUUAUUUCCCUCACCCCUGGUUAUGGCAACAUUACACUCCCUAUGUCCCGAUUCCUCCAAUCAUUCGUCAAACUUCAUAGCGGGUGGGAUUGUCCUUUGGAUUUUAGGUCCUAUCAGUUUUUCUCUGAAUGCCUUCAGGAAAUUGAUUUCUGGCUCUCUAACUGUGCCAGACUCAAUGGGAGGUCUCUCACCAGAUAUUCGCUUCCCGUGACUCUCGUGUAUUCCGACGCCAGCAGUUUCGCCUGCGGUGGGUGUGCCUUUCGCGUUGAUAGCGAGGAGUUCGAUCUUUUCUUUCAAGCGUUUUUCUCUUUGGAGUCCGGUUUAGAUAAUAACGACAGGGAAUUGUUAGCCAUUCUUUACGGCCUGAAAUCGUUUCGCGCUUCCCUUACAGGCAAAGUGGUCAAGGUCUUUACGGAUAGUAAGAAUGCGGCGGUCGUGUCCUUCCUAUUUCAACGUGUUGUUGCCUUUCUGCUGAUUAGAACUUAAACGUUUUCUCUGCGGCGGAACGCAGUGACAUAGCAGAGAAGUAAGCAAACGGCUCAGGUGAAGUCUGGUGCAUGCAACUGUAAAGCAGGAGCUAAUGGUCGAUGUAAGCAUAUUGGCGCAUUGCUGUACAAAAUACUCGAUUUUACUGAAAGUGAAGUGGAUGAAAUACCACCAGACCUUACAUGCACUGAAAGACCACAACAGUGGCACAUACCCCGCUCUAAUUCUUCAAAGGACAAACUAGUUCUAUUGGAUGAGUUAUUAGUGAUUAAGCAUAAUUAUGAGGCCGAUAAAAAGAGGAAGAAAAACGAGGUAAGGACUCAGAGAAAAGUGGAAAAGCAAAUGUACGACGCUGCACCCUCUUUUGCCAGAAAAAUCAAUGAACAUCAAAUAAAACAGUUUUCUGAGGACUUGAAAGCAGCAAAAACAAAGAACCGACCAAUGCUUAUUCAUUUGUUAGAGGGGAAUGAAUGCAAGCCCAUUGUCACUCAAGACAUAACACUAAGGGAAAAUCGAGACAACAUACUGAAGGAUCAUGACUAUUGUUGUCAUUCAAACAGAAAACGUCAAAAUGAAAUUGGGGAUGCAGAUAAUGGCAUUGAUCUUCCUUGCAAAAUCAUUAAAAUGGAAAGCGUUAUUGAGCCACUCGAUACAAAUUUUGACAAUCGAUUUUGCUUGUCUCAUUGUGAAGCUGUCCAAGUUGAUGCUCCUGACAGUCAGCGAUCUGUUACUGAAGAUGACAACCAAGAAUGUGUACAAUCCCUUCCGCCCGAGAACCCGUGUAUAAACACCAGUUUUUCUUACAUUGAAAAACAUAUCAUUUCUGAGUGGAAUUUUUCCGAAUCUUAUUCUGAUGAUUAUGAUUUGAAUGAAGAAAAUUUCAGAAAGGUGUGCCCUGACUUUGUUGGAAAAUUUAGUAUAACCGAGACUGAAAUAUCUGAGACAGAAAUACAAACAAGGGGUCAGUCUGAAAAUACACAGUGGUUCAAAUACAGAUGUGCACGAGUAACAGUAUCCAAGUUUGGGGAAAUUAAGAACAGAAGAUCCACCACUGCACCAGAUCGCUUGAUACAUGAUAUUUUUCAGUACAAUCCAAAAGGUAAAACACCCCAUCAAUGUCAAGAAGGUUUAAGGCUUGAGCCCAUAAUCAAAGAGAAGUAUAUAGCCAAGCAAUCUGUAAAUGGCCACACUGGAAUAAAGGUAUCUGAAAAAGGAUUGAUCAUUGACAGAAAAAACCCUUUGCUUGCAGCUAGCAUUGAUGGUGAAGUUUAUGACCCGACAGCAAAGCACAGUCCAGUUGGAAAUCUUGAAAUGAAAUAUAAACAAUUUCCCAGCAGAUUAUGUACAGAACAGAAAAUUGAGGACAAUUUAUUACAUUUCAUUGCUAAGCAUGCAAAAGACUCAUGUCUUCAAAUAACCAGUAAUGGACUCAAGCUCAAAACUCGUCAUCAUUACUACGCCCAAAUACAAGGAGGUAUGGGUAUUUCAGGAAGGCAAUGGUCUGAUUUGGCAAUCUAUUGUUACUACUGA